AAUCCAGAAUUCAGAAAGAAAAUGGAUGACAAGGCCGAAUGAAUGUUGUUGUAGAAAUCCCGUUGAGUAUAUUUUUAUUAUUUGGACCCUGGUUUUACCUUCCAACCAAGAAAUGUUAUCAAAACAAACACAUAUAUUAUAAUGAAGCGCUGGAUAUAUUUAACAAUAUUGACUUAUGUUGUUCCUAUUCUUAAUGAAGGUCUACAGACUGAAGAUGUGCUAUUUACUCAAAACAAUGCUAUUUAUUUGUAUCACAUCAGUAGUAGAAACUACAGCAAAAUCACUGAAGUCCUUCAUCAAGCCAUUGAUGAUAUGGACUAUGACUUUGAAACACAAAUGAUGUUCUUCAUUGUUGGUAAAAAAAACAUCUACUCCAUGAAUUUGAUAACAAAGGAAGUAAAGGUGAUAUUAACUACAGAUGAAAUGGGACUGAAGAAUCUACAGGUUGACUGGAUUACAAAGAAAUUAUACUUCUCUGAUAUUGACACUGGUCGAAUGAAAGUUUCUAAUUUUGAUGGUUCUAUUCAACGUGUUAUAUUAAGUGGUAUUACCCAAUACAUUUUAAUAAAUCUGUCUCCAACUAAUGGUUUGUUGUUCUAUACUGAUAUUCAUAAUGAUCAGAAUAUAUUGGCUCGAGUUAACAUGGACGGCAGUGAUCGUCGCAUAUUGAUUAAUGGCAACAACAUCUGGCCAACUGUCCUUACUGUUGAUUCAACGAGCAAGACUGUUUACUGGUACAAUUUCAUGACAACAAUGAUUGAAAAAGUUAGCAUAAAUGGGUCGAAUAGACAAACAUUUUACCAGGCAAAAAAUAUUCAUGUUAUGGCCCUUGUUGGUUUAAGACUUUUUUAUUCUGAAUUGAGCCAAACCAGCAUAACUUCAUGUAAUAUUCGAGGUAGAAAUUUAUCAAAUUGUGUCACAGAAGUUGAUGGACUGCAGUCAGUUAACUCUGUAAGAAGUUACGGAAAACUCUCGCAACCCUUCUUGAAUUCUGGAUGUCAUAUCAAAAAUGGUGGUUGUAGCCACUUGUGUUUGCUUAGGCAAAAUGGAUAUUCAUGUGGUUGUCCAACUGGAAUUAAGCUGUUGAGUGAUAAACACUCAUGUGCAAGAGAACGCGAAAAGUUCCUUUUAUUAAGUAUCAAGAGUGGUUUGCGUAUUAUAUACUUGGAUGCAGACGAAGGUAUGGAUGUUAGGUUGCCAUUUAAGAAGAGGGGAAUAAUUCAAGGUGUUGAUUACGAUCCUGUUUCAAGAAUGAUUUAUUGGGCAGAUUCGUCAGAAGAUGGCUAUGUAAUGCGAGCACACCUAAAUGAGUCACGUUCUGAAAUUGUUAUACCUGAUGGCUUUACAUUACCUGAUACUCCAGCUGUGGACUGGGUGGCCAGAAAUUUGUAUUGGACAUGUUCUAAAUUCAAGAAGAUUUAUGUUUCACGCUUGGAUGGCUCUGCGCAUACAGUCAUUAUAGAUUCCAAUCUGAAGGAACCUCGUGGUCUGGCAGUUGAUCCAACUGAAGGGCGAUUAUAUUGGAGUGAUUGGGGAGAUGAAGCAAAGAUAGAAGCUGCAGAUUUAGAUGGUAAAAAUCGUGUUGUUCUAGUCAACACAUCAUUAAAGUGGCCAAAUGGCAUAUCCUUGGAUUACCAAAAUCAGCGCCUAUACUGGUGUGAUGGAGGAAAAGGUGGGUUGGAAUUUUACGACCUCCGACAUAAAACCAGGCACAAACUUGGCGAAGAGGCAAUUUCUACACAUCCAUAUGGCGUUUCUGUUAUGGGUGAUUACAUUUAUUGGACUGAUUGGAUGCGAACUUUAUACCAGUUUAAUCUUGUUACAAAAAAGAGAAAGAUAUUGAUGCAUAGUGUGGCAGACAUCAUGGAUGUAAAAGCAAUUGAUACAAACAUGAAACAUGGCAGCAAUCCAUGCCAAUUGAACAACUACAACUGCAGUCACUUUUGUUUUCAUAAAUCUUCUGGUACACCAGUGUGUGGAUGCCCUGAUGGUUACACAUUGGAUGAGACACUCAAAAGUUGUUUGCCAAUCACUGGCUUUAUACUGUACUCAACUGGUUCAUACAUUAAUUUAUUACCUCUGGAUCCCUCACUUGUUUCAAGUGUUCCAAAGAAAAAGGGACAUGUCAUCAGUCAUGUUGCUGCACUGUCCAGAAAACAUCAGAUAAUUUGGGUUGAAAAUACACACGACGGCGGCCAUGCAAAAAUAAAAACAGGACUUAUAAACAAUACUGAUCAAGACAGUGUUAUUCAAAAGGGAUUUUAUAAAGCUAUUGGUGGGUUUGAUGUAGAUUUUAUUAGUGAAAAUAUAUAUUGGUCCCAAAGAAAUUUAAAUCGUAUCGAAGUAUCAAGAAUUGAUGGCAGAUUUAGGAAGACCUUAGUUCAUACAGAGAAAAAAGGAGUUAAGUCCACGUUGCUUUCGGUUAACCCUGUGAUCAGAAAACUUUAUUGGUUUGAAGUUCAGGGAAUUCAUUCUUGUUUGCUUGAAUCAAAUUUAAAUGGUUCUUCACAACGUGUAAUUAAAAAUAUUACUGGGGAGGUCACUGGUCUGGCUGUUGAUGUAAAUGACAGUCGUAUAUAUUACAUUUCCAAAAUGAGCUUUCACAAUAUUGAAAGCAUAGACUUAAAUGGCAAAGAUCACAGAGUCGUUGUCUCUUCACUGGGUACGUCAGUUGGAUUGACAGUUUUUAGAGAUCGACUUUAUUUUUGUGAACUGGAAAGAGAAGAUUCGGUUGUCUCAGCAAUUUCGUCAGUCAAAAAACAAGAUGGUUCAGGUAUGAAGAAAUUGAAGGAAGAAGUUGCUUGGUUUCAUGAUGUAGCAGCGCUCUAUGAUAGGCUGGAUGCGGGAGAGAACAUUUGUGACCAGAAUAAUGGAGGUUGCGAGCACUUAUGUUUUGCAACGGCUGUUGGAGCUCGAAGUUGCAUGUGUGAGAAUCACUACAAGCUCAGCAUAGAUAACACUUCUUGUAUUGGUCCGAAAAAAUUUGUUUUGCUCAGUGAAAAGUCCGUCAUUUAUCGAGUAUCGUUGCAAGAACAAGAAGCCGAAGUACCACUGCAUAUUCCAUUCGAAAUCUCCGUGAAUAGUAUUGGAUAUAACAUUCAAACCGCCACAGUCUACUGGUUAGAUGAAAGAACCAAUGAAAUCAAGUUUCCAUCACGUGACGUAAACAAAACCGUAGAUUUGGGAAUUGAGGGCGGGAAACCAAUUUCGUUUGCCAUCGAUUUUUUCACAAACACUUUAUACUGGAUUGAUAAAAACAACCACACUAUUCACUUCGUGAACCUAUACGACAGACAGAAAAGUGGUGUAAUAUUUGAUAAUAAAAAGUAUCAUCCAACAAAGUUGAUUGUGCUACCAGAAAGAGGGUUAGUGUUCUUUAUCAACACGUUUUUAUCACGGAACAAUCACGGGGCUGAUUCGAUCGAAUCGAUGAACAUGGAUGGCUCCAACGUAAAACGACUCCAUCUCUUCAAUGAGAAAGACAUACCAAAGCGACUCCGACAAACGCAGCCCAAUACUGUCGUGAAGCCGACGUAUGAUAUAGCGGUGGAUCAAAAAUCGAACAGGCUUUUCUGGGUGCAUAUGACAGAGUAUCGAAUUUAUAGCAUGGAUUUUAAUGGACAAAAGAAAAGGGAGCGUGUUGCAUUUCAUGGGAACGAGUAUAAAGCAAAAGCAAUUGCUGUUCAUGAAAAUUUGUUGUAUUGGGUGGAUAACGAAAUCAAAACAGCGCGAGAGAAGUUAAAGAGGUCCGAGCUUCAUCAUCUAGAACAGAAUCGCAAGAUUUCUUAUUUUCCGCGAAUAUACGAACUCGUGAAUGACAUUCUCGUGGUUGAUUUCACACGGAUGGAAGUUGAUAAUCCGUGCAAGAUUGAUAAUGGCGGGUGCAGUCAUGUUUGUUAUAGCACCCUAACAAAGAGCGGACAUACGGUGACUCAAUGUGGGUGCCCACUUGGAUACGUGUUGCCGUAUGGUAACACAACACAUUGCACAGUGAGAGAUCGAAAAACUUGUCCCGUUGUGUGCAAUAAUCAAUGUCAGGUACCGACCACUCAUUGCAGUGAAAUUACUGAAUGUGAAAUUGGAUUGACGGAGUCGGAUUGCACAUGCAGAGAGAAGGAGUUUCGUUGUGUUCGUGGAAAUUGUGUCCCUGCUAGUGCUAUGUGUGAUGGGACAUUUCAUUGCGUUAAUGGUGAAGAUGAAGAUGAAAGGUCAUGCAGAAUUUUUUUCACUGUUUUUAUAGACUCGACAAAAGAUAAAAUAUCAACGUUGACUCCAACGAAGACAGUGAAAAUUCACGACGAAGGUAGCGAAUACUCUUACACUGCUGGUAUAAUCUCGGGUGCGCUUGUCACAACUCUCAUCUUUGUGUGUGUGCUUUACAUCGUGUGCAUGCGCCAUCACAAAAGAAUGAGACUGCUCAACAAAGAUCAAAAUCUUCAGACCAAAUAUACAGUUAGUGAAGAGCCUGUUAUUUUCUUCCCGUCCAUUGGCGAUAGACAAAAAUCAGUCGCAGAGUCUUUAAUUUCGACCGGAGUUACUUUAGCGCCCAACUUCGAUUUAAGAUACAUCACUGGCUCUUCUACUGCUGUGGCAGAUAGUGUUUUGCUUCCGUUAAAUCCGCCACCAUCAGUAAUGUCUUCUGAGAUGACUCUCAGUAGGAGGGCGGAUGAUUAUAAUAGCAACUAUUACGACGAGAGGGAACUCCCUGUACCGCCAGCCACGCCUCUGUACAUGCCAAGCGAUGUUGAGUCGAUUCUAACAGAUAAUGAGAAAGUUGCUUCAAUCAAACCAAAAGUGCAACAACCGCCGCAAUGUAUUUAUUGUCAAAAAGAAUCCUGUGGAUAUAUGAGCCAGACGUCGAGUACUGACGGUGUGUCAUGUGUAAAUCCGCCAUCUUUGGCAAGCUCUUAUAUUUCAUCAAACCGCAAACCAUUUUACAGAAGUCAUCGCUAUAUUUCACUAGAGACUUUAAAUAGCCAACCUUUGACACGUAAGUUGUCUUACCUAACCAGCAUCGCGGAUACAGUGGGUAACGAAGAAAGAAUAUUACCUUCCCCCGCCAGCGAGGCAAGUUUUUCACGGUACGCAUCGGAAGAAAGUGUUGUUACCGUAAGGGAAUUAAAAAACUCCGAGGAUGAGGAUGGAUUCUCUUCAAGCGCGAACUUUUGUUCUUAUGCCCCUCCUCCGUCGCCAGGGACAGAAUAUGCAUCUGACAUGAAUGACUUUCAAGAGUUUAGGCACGACGAAGAGGAAGCGUUUGAGGUAGAUUUUUUAUUGGAUUCACACCGAUCAGUAUCGAUGGAAAGUGGAUUAUUUUAAAGAUAUGUUUAUAUGUAUAUAUUCCAUUUUUUAUGUAGAACUAAUUAUUCGCACAAUCUAUAUUAUUUGAUAAUAUGCAUAGCCAAAGCUUUUGCCAAAUAUUAUUUUCCUAUAAUACCAACCGAAUGAAAAUA